AUGGAUGAUGGAGGGAGCAUUGCUAGCAGUGAGAGCACAACGACUCAGCUGUGGCCAGAGGCUUGCGUUGAAGUGGACGGUUGGGGCGAUGGCGGCCCUGUUCUACGCUUCCUCGAUGCAGAGGUGAGACAGGGCACCUGGGCAUGUGGCAAGAUCUUCUGCAAGGAGCCGGUCACUCUCCAGGCGUCAAGUCAACUCUCCCAGAACGGGAUGCCGGUAGAUCUGGAAAGGCUUCGGCACGAUCCAAAUGGCAGUGAAGUCUGCAGACCUUCAUCGAUCCCAGAGCCACAUCCGCAGCCAGCAACUCCUGUCUUCGGAGUGGGUGCGCGGCCCACGAGUUGCCAUGACACGAGGCAGGUGCGUUCAGAUGUCCCUUGGGGCGAAGCCCUGAGCGCAAGCUCUGGAACUUCCACCGAGCAUCGGGAAGGUUUCUACGUUCAGGGAUCGAGAAACGCAACACCUGGAAGGAGAAAAAACAGCCUCGGCUUGCGCAAUCGCGAGGGCUCGAGAUGCUCGAGUUCCGAUUUCCCAAUCCAAACAGUGACAGCACCCUCGGUGUCCUACCCGUCACGGCGAGGGCAGAAGCCCGCAAGGAAACCGCCGGCACAGCCGAUUAGAUCUGCAAAGGAUGGACAGCCCGAGAACUUGCUUGAUGCCAGCAUGCUGGCAGAGGUGUUCGGCCGUGACCGCUCGAAUGAGAUCGAGAAGGUGUUGGAACAGUGGCAGGAAUAUCAGCUGUUGCGAUCCGAGCUAUCAGCCCAAGACUUGAAAACAGAAGUCCGCUCACUUCGCGGUGAGCUUACAAGAGCAGAGGCGGAAGUUGCAGAGGCACGGCAAGUCGAGGCCGAAACUGCUCAGGCAGAGUUGGCCGUGCUGGGAGCCGUAAGAGCAGAGGUCCUCUCCGAAAGACAGGCAGAGCGAGAGGAAUAUCAAGAGGAGUCAAAGCAACUCCGGUAUUUAAACAGCGAGGAGUCAAAGCAACUCCGUUAUGCAAGCAGCGAGCUUGCAGAACUCCAAACUGCUCUCGAAGCCUCAGAACUGCAGCCUUUACAGCUUGAGCAGGAGCGGGAUCAGUGGGCAGAUCGAUGUAGCGCUCUUUCAGACGAGCUGCACAUGCAGAGAAUCAUGUGCCGGCGCCUAGAGCACGACGGAUCGAACCUCAGAGAGGAAUAUCUGGAGGAAUCGGUCGCACACCGCGCCCUGGAGCUGCAGAGAGGAGAGCUCACUUGCUUUCAUCAAAACGAGGUGCAUGAGGUUCAGCAGCUUCGGCAAGAGCUUCAGCAGCUGAAGGCAGGAGAAGAAGCCCAGUGCCUGGAGCUUCGGCAGGCGCAACAUGACCUAACCGAGGUCAGAUGCGAACACAAAGCGGUAGAGUCUCAACUCGAGCAUCAAACACAGCGCCUGCUGGAACGGCCCGACCAGGCACCGGCAUCUUCAAUCGGUGAUCUGCGGCCGGUGCAUUCGCAAACGGAGCCUCAGAGAAAGCGCUUGCCAGCGCAAGCACGGCUGGAACAGCCCGACAAGCGGCCCUUGGAAUCUUCCUCCCCAGACCAGCUUGGGCCACAUGUGGAACUACAAAAGCUGCUGCUGCAAACACAUGCGCUGGAGGGACCCGAAGCGUUGCCGCUAGCAUCUUCACUGCGCGAUCCAGCGUCUCCAGGGGAGUUUCUCCGAGAGCUGCGGGCUGUUGUGGGCACACCGUCUCGCCUGACUGGCGGGGCUGGGGCUGGGGGGGUGGACUACGCGGUGAAGGCCGCGAGUGAAGCGCUGAGAAGAGCAGAGGCUCGCUGCGAGAUCUCCAGAUUCAGAAGCCAGGCCAUGGAGGCCGACCUGGCUGCAGCAUUGGUGGACAGCCAGCCGAGCGAGGAAGCCAGGCCUGAACUUGAACUGGAAGAGGACGAAGAGGACAGCCCGAGAAGAAAACUCUGGGAGCAGGAAGAGGAAGAGGAGGAUGCCAGCGAG